GUUCAUCUCACAUUGCCUUUUAUUUUAUUAAACUACUCGUACUAAACCUUUUUUCUUAUUGUAUUAUUAUUAAUCUUUAAAUCUCCAACAUAUUUCACUUAAACAAUUUUUGACACAUUUAAUUUAAUCCUUUAAAAAUAUUUCGUAAGAUUUAAGUAUCACUUGUAUCAAAAUAAUCAUCUUCUGUCAUCCACUAUUUAGUAAACCCUCAAAAAUUAGGCCUCCAAACAUUAAUCAAACAAAACAUGAGUCAUCUCACAACCCCAUGCUAUAAUUAGAAAGUUUCUUCCAAGUUUCCUUCUUUCUUUUGUCACAGGAAUGUUUGACCAACUUCUCCUACUUUGUUCCUCUGUUUUUAUUCAAUCUUCAAACUUUCAUGUAUAUUUUAAUGUCAAAAAUUCAAUUCCAUUCACCAAAUCCCAAAAUUUUCAUACUACCCAUUUUAAAAUUUCAUAAUUCUGAAGCUUCAUAAAAUAAAAUCCCCAGAUUUUUAUCUAUGUGUUUCUCUAUGUUCCGAUCAAAAUCUAAGAACUCUGAAAUCAUUAAACCCAGAAAAUCUACCCAGAAUUUUACCCCUUCUGAUAUUAAUUCUCCUUCAAGCAGAAGCAGAAGCCAAAGUAAAAGCAGAAGCAAUGAAUUCAACUCAAAAUCAUCCUCAAUUUCAAGCAAAAAUUCAUUAUCUAGUCUCAAAGAUUCACUCCCAGAAAAUCCUCAUAUUUAUGAUCUUUCUGAAAUUCGAUCUGCUACCAAGAAUUUUCUGCUAAAACCCUUUUCAUCUUCAUCUUCUUCAACCUCUUGGAAGUGUGUAAUUAAUAAGAAACAAUCAGUUGUUACGCAGCGAAAACUUCGGCGACCCAUUGAUAAUUCGGAGCUCCGACGAAAACUCUCUCUCCUCUGUAAGUCUCAUCAUGCUAGCUUGGUUAAGCUUAAUGGAGCUUCUGUUAGUGGGAAUUGUAUUUAUCUUGUUUAUGAGUUUAUUUCUGGUGCUAGUUUGAAUGAUUGUUUGAGAAACCCUAGAAACCCUAAUUUUACUGUUUUGUCGAAUUGGAUUUCCCGUGUUCAAAUUAUUGCUGGGAUUGCUGAUGGGUUGGAUUAUAUGCAUAAUUCUGCUGGAUUUAAAAGUGGGUUUGUUCAUAAUCACAUUAAAAGUAGCUCAAUUGUUGUAUCUGAGGAACCUGCUUUAGUUGCUAAGAUUUGCCAUUUUGGGACUGCCCAAUUGUGUGGGGAGGUUCCUGAGGCAAUCAUGGAGGAAGAUGAUGAGACUUUGGAUUUUCAGGUUCUUAAACGGGUGGGUAGCGCGGUGGGGAAGUUUGUGGGGACGAGAGGGUAUAUGUCGCCUGAGUUUCAGACAACAGGGAUUCCCACGUUGAAGUCGGAUGUUUUUGCUUUCGGGGUGGUGCUGUUAGAGAUAUUGUCUGGGGAAGAGCCUAUGAAGGUUCAUGUUGAUUCAGACAAGGGCAUUUUUCGGAAGGUUUCAUUAAUCGAAACAGCAAGAGAAGUGGUGGGGGAUGGAGCUGGGAAAUUGAGGCAGUGGAUUGAUAGGAGGUUGAGAGAUUCGUAUCCAGUUGAGGUGGCAGAGGGGUUAGCUCGGGUGGCAUUAGGGUGUGUGCAAGAGGAUCCUGGCAGAAGGCCAGAUAUGGGUCAAGUUGCCGGUUGGAUAUCUAAGUAUUACUUGGAGUCUAAGAUCUGGGCUCAGGGUAUUGGUCUUCCUGAUGGUAUCACUGCUUCAUUUGCUCCCCGAUGAUACUUAUGGAUUAAUGUGAUACUGAAUCGAAAUGUGCUGUUUUAUAAGGAGAAGGCUCUUUGAUGUCAUAUAUAAGAAGUAUUAGUGUGGUCUGAAGAAAAUUACAGGGUAUUUUUGUAUAUCUCAUUUGUAUUGGAUGAAUUCUUGUAAAUUGGUGUGGAGAAUAGUGUAGUGCAUAAUGAUAAUAGCAUUAUAAGAUAGCUUGGUGAAACAAUUUCUGUCAAGCUGGAAAUCCUCAUGACAUUGUGAAGUCCCUCAAGGAUGUACACCAGCAAAUCAUACUCUUUAACGGUGUGGAGCCAUCACCGAGGCAGGAUUGUGUACCUCUACUCUCUAGAUUAUGACAAUUGCCUUAGAUUGUUUUUCCUAAACAAGCUCAUCCCCACGUGGACAAGGCGACAUCCAAGAUAUAAUUACAUAUGAAGCUUUUUUGGUUGUUCAGAUCUGUUGAUGUUGCAUUGAAUUUUUUUAACACAACUUCCAAGCAAGAUAUUUUUCUUGGGCAUCUGUGAUGACAGUGGCUAAUAUGGAGAGCAUUAACCUCAUGUGUCUCAUGUGAAGAGCAAAGCAGAUAAGUGUUAUAUUGUGUACACGAUGAUCUCAAGUCAUUCACAGCGUGGAUGCAAUAUAAGGUUUUGAAUUUGUUCAAACUGACUAAAGAACAUACUUUCCCCUGAUCGCAUCAUCUUUUCGGAGUUCUUACUGCUGCUUGUCAUGGGAGCGUUGUGGAACAGGGUUUGAGGAAAAAUGUAAGCAUUUGAAGUUCCAACUGAGUAUGGCAUCACAUCAAAUGAGAAGAACUUAACCUAUGUAGCUGACCUCCUCCGUUACCAGAGUUCGUUAGGACUUCAAGCUUCUGGAAUAAUGCUAUAGUUACCCGAUUUAAGUUCGAACCAGACUGGGUGAGAUUUUAUCUGAUAAUAACUAGAUUGUUCAUCUAAGGAGUGUGGUUUAAGUUGGGACGAGACAUGGUAAUGGCUAACUGGAUCAUUCACGAUGGCAAGAUGUUUGGAGUCUGGUUUUAGUUGGUUUAAGAUCCUCUCUGGCAUUUGGAUCAAAAAAAAUUUCACGGACAUAAAAGGAGUAUUGGAAGUACAAUUUUUCUUACAUUAUACGAGUACUGCACAAUUUUUUAUUUCUAGCAAUUUUUAGGAUUCUUAUCUGAAGCUAAAUGUACAGACUGACAUCUUUUAUUUCAUACUAUAAUAAGAUGCUCUUUUGAUAUAAA